GCCCUGCUCCCAGCAGGGAUCGCUUUGCUGGCCCAGCUCCCUUUCUGGAAGCUGGUUGCUACUCUGGGCAUCUUCACAAGUCUUGGAGCGGUGCAAAGAAAGCAUCGGAGAAGGGUAUUUUUAGAUGCUCUUUGUGCUCAGAGAGCAUAACCAUGCUGUGGUUUAAAGGCCAUUAGCUUUGAAAAACUUAAAUAAGGGCUUAAUAGUCAGGGAGAUGUUUGAUGCGAUGGGACGUAGCACUUUUACAGAGAUGAUGGCAUUUUCUGGGCUGAGCAUCACAGUGGAGACCCCGGUUGGAGCGUGCCGGCAGGAUUGCUGGAGCCAGAUGAUCUGGCCUGUUUAGCUGCCACGUGGACAACCAGUGGGACCGGGGCAGACAAUCCCCUGAGAGGAGAAACCCGCCACAUUGUUUGUGGGGUUACGUCUGUCGUGAUGGCUGCGGAGGAGGUGUGGGAAGAGAAUAGACAAGAGAUCCGCAUGUCAGACCAGCACAGCACCGACGAUGGGGAGUCAGACCCCCAGCACAGCCUGUCUAUGGUCUUCCUCCUCGUCCUUGUCUUCUUCAUCAUGGGGCUGGUGGGUUUCCUGAUCUGCCAUGUCCUGAAGAAGAAGGGUUACCGGUGCCGGACCUUCCGGGACGAGCUCGACCCAGAUAACAAAGACGUGCUGGCGGAGCUCCAGGCCAAUGAAGAGGAGGAGCUGAACGAGGACACUGUGGAGAAGAUUGUGAGAUGCAUCAUACAAAAUGAAGGGAACGCCGAGGCCCUCAAAGAGAUGCUGGGGGACAAUGAAGGGGACAUCCCAGUGCCAGUGCCCAGCCUUUGUCCCCACCGUAACAGCCAGGACGGAGGGCCACCACAUCACCACACGGUGCAUCUGGGCUCCACGCAGGCUCCCUGCAUCCACUGCAGCAAGAGGAAGAGGCACCCACUGCAUCGACAAGGACGGUCCAAGGAUGGCAAAGGCAGGAUGCAUCCUGGAGAGACCACUGUCUUCUCAGUGGGCAGGUUUCGUGUCACACACAUCGGGAAGAAACCCACUUUCCAUGAGCAGCAGGAUGGGCCCCUGCCUGAUGGCAGCCGGGAGCUGAGCACAGAAGAGCUGGAGCACAGCAGCGAUAGGCUCCAACGGGAGCGGGCACGCAAUGGGACUGUCCCCACGGGUGGCCUGCAGAACGGAGAUGUCCAGAAAGGUGUCCAGGGUGGCAGAAGCAGGGGGCAGAGCUGCUCCACCACCCCAGCCCCCAACACACCAGCCAGCUCCGGCACUCGCGGCAGCCGACGGGCAGGCAAGGGCUCCGGCACGGCGGGAUCCCUGCAGGAUGCUGGCGCUGUCCCCGGGAGCACCAGCCGCCAGAGGAAGCUCCUGAGCCAGCGGGUGCUGGGAGGGUCGAGUCCCAGCAUCCCGGGAGCGCUGGUGCAGGAAGGAGCCAGCAUCUGCCUGGAGGAGACCGGACUGGGGUCGGCAGAUGAAGUGUCGGAUAUUCAUGGGAGCCUGAGCCUGCACGAGCAGGUUGAUGACUUGGGAAGAGAUGACAGCAGCAGGAAACAGCCUGGAGUGGAGGAUGUGGCGCAACAGGAGCCCAGGGCCAUGGUGCAGGACCCAGGAGCAACUGUGUGACCUCCUCUCUGCUCCUGGCUGGAGCGCGGACGGGAGGCGCUCAGCCCCUGACCCCCGCCGGGCUGGGGGCUCUGCCGUGGGGUAUCCGUGGGGCAGCCAGCCCCGGCCCCGGGUGGGCAGCUACGCGCUUGGCAUGGCCGGAGCGACGCGCCGACGUUGCAGACAACGCGCUCGGUGCCGGACCUCAUCCCAUUGGCAAUAGGUACCUGACUCCCACCCACCGCACCUGCCCCGGAGACCCCCCCCCGGGCCUGGCGGGGGCAGGACAGGACUCGGUCCCCACUGCCCAUCCGGUGCCCACAGCCCCCUGGUGCUGGGGGAAGGAUGGACCCGAGGGGCUGCAGCGAAGGGCAGGGAUGGAGGCAGCAGCUUGAGCUCCCCCGGGGUGGGGAGCAGCACCCCUCAACCCACCCAGCACGUUUACCACAGAGCACAGCCCCCCCGGGCACCCCUGCCACGCAGAGCGGGCACAGGCACACAUCCUGCACCGGCGAGGGACCUGGCCAGGUCCCUGAGGGAUGAGGCGGAGAGAGGAGCUUCCAGCCCCAUUCCCAGCACAGGAAGGGCUGGAGCCCGGCCCGGGGGGGGCAGGAUUGCAGCCAGGCCAGCGGGCAGCCCCCGUGCCCGCAGCGAGCUUUGGUGUGUAACCGCACUGUACAUAGACAAGCUAAAAACCAUUAAAGCUGCUGAACCCC